CAAGAGGGGGUUAGAAUGAAAACAGAUGCUUUAUCAACUACAGAGAGCUCAAAAGAAAGUAUUGCCGAAUCUCCUUUAUCCUUACCCCCUCUAAAAGCUUCUUAUGCAAAAGAUAUUACAAAAGAAUACAACAAGGCAACUCUAUUCGAAGCUUUGCAUGUUGAGAAGGAAACUGCAUACGAGGCUGACAUUGAAGACGAGGCUGAUAUUAAAGAUAGUAAAUUAUCUAGAGACGAACUUAUUCUACCUGUGAUUGACAGCUUUGAAAAAUCUUUAACAUCAAUGAUGCAACCUGGAAGUCCUCCACCGCAGAUUGUGACGCCAUUUUCAUCCUCGUUUGUUAAAGGAAACGAACUGAUCAACAGCAAAGACAGAGGGAAGAAAUUUGAGCUAUUGAUUGGUGCACUGACCACAGACCCUAUCGCAGGUCAGCCGCUGAUUAGUUAUUUUCUAAAGACUGGUAACGAGAUUGCUGAGCACAAUUUGAGGUUUUGGACGGCGUCCAAUCAAGUAUUGACGGACAUCCACAACAACGACACUGUCACACGUCGGAAACAAUAUCAAGUGUUGAUAAAUCUGUAUUUGUCAAGUGCUGCUAACACAAAAGUGUCGUUAACUUGCACAGCCAAGCAAGAAUUAUGUACGUUACUGUUGAAAGAUAUCGGUGUAACGAGACUAAUGGAGACAUGUAAAGCAAUUGCAGAGACAUUGGAGCCAUAUUGGGAAGAGUUUCUACAAAGUGAUGACGACUCCUUCCUCAGAAACACAACAAAAUACAAGCAAAACAUUCUUCACAAAGGCAAACGAACCAAUGCUUUUAUGUUUUCUUGCAUCGGAAGUAGUGAUCAAAAUGGAACGUUUGGGCCAGGUUUCUUUGACGAAGCCUCUAAUACAAGAAAAGAAUUCCGUGGAUCACGGAUGUGGAGGGCGAUGCAGCUAGCAUUGUCUAUAUCAAUACCUAAACAAGCAGAACCUCUUUCAGACGCAGAAGAAAGUGAGGGUUGGACUUCAGAUGAGUUUGUUAAUGAAACGUUAGGAAAAGAAAAAGUAGGAGGUAGCUUAAACAUACGCAAUUUACAUCUACUCAAUCGACAAGCUCAAAGACAAAACACAGGACAAUUGGGAACUCUUGUCAAUAGCACAGGUUUGGCGCACAAUUACAAUGGAUCGUUUAGAUAUAACAAAUUUGGUCCUGAAACAGACGAUGAAUUUAAUCAUGUCGCUGUUACGGAGCAACGUCUUCAAAAGGCGUCACAAAUUAAAUUACCAAGACCAAGAUGCUUUCAAGACAUUUUGUCAGAUUUUAAUCAGUUGGAAGGUUUUAAGCGCUUUCUGGCUAAAGAGGAUCAGGAGACACCUCUUGUUUUCUGGGUAGCAGUCGAGUCGAUGAGAACAACAUGCAAAACUGCUAAAGCAAGACAAGGUCGAAGUUACGGUAUUGUCAAGCGAUACUUUGGUCCGAGUACACAAAACGGCCAAGAUUUAAAGUGUAACGCCGAAAUCAUCAAAGACAUACCAUUCCUGGAGAAAGUAACACCAGCCAUGUUAGUAUCUGCACAAGCUUGCGUCGCUAAAAGCUUAGAGGAAAACUGGUUUUUAAAAUAUGUGCAAACCUUUCAAGAUGAGGGUGGUGUAACAGGUGUCACCUUGCUGCCCAUAUAUGGCAAUACCACUACAAAUGAAGUCGUGCGAUGUGUCAAACAAAAAACGCGCGGUUUGUGGCGCAUGUUUACUCGUAAUGUCAUCAGCUUUCGUCGUGGUAUAAUGCACUCAGAUACAUUACAAAUGUUUUGCGAUUUUUUGAAAUUACAACACUCGUUAAACGUUGCACAAUUUCAAGCAAAUAAUAUAGAUAAUCAAAAUGGUACCACAGCAUCACCUAAAAUCGUGAUCAAUAACAAACUAGUUCAUACUGAAAAACUUGUGAAAGAUUUAAACUUUUGGUCUGAAGUUGAAAGGUACAAAGAUUUUGCUGAUGCUGUAGUACUAUGCGCCAAGUUGGGCAAUUAUACUAAAGACGACGAAUUAGUUGUUGUUAAGAAGGCGUACACUAUAGUCGAUUGCUUUAUUGACUCUCAAAUCACACCACGUGUACAGAUCAACAUCUCAAACGAUUUAGCCGAAAAUAUUAUUAAUCUCGUACAGAACGGAAUAAUUGAAAGAGGCUUGUUUCACGAAGCUGCUUUAUCCACGUUCUCUACCCUGAUUUACUUCUGGAAAAAAUUUUGCCUCCAUCGUUUUCUUCCAAAGGAGCAGAUACCAGAACAGAGAAAGCUGUUAAAAAGUGACCGUUCAACUCAAAUUGAAAUUCGACAGCUUGCUCUAAUGAGUAACAAAAUAAAGAAGAUUUGCUUACCCCCAGAUGAGGAUUGUCCAAAAAUCAUGUUUUCUCUUCAACUCGGCUUGCGAUUAGCGCUGCAACGUCACAACAAAAGACGAAGAUUCGACGAGCAACGUUUAAGCGCAACACUAAAUCCAGAAAACACUGACAACUUAAGUGCACCACCAUCUCAACACCGAUCUAUUGAUAAAAUACAUGAAUAACUCUA